CGAGAAGGGUUCUCGUGGUGUCAGCGAACCCAAUUGGUUGCAGCGAAGCGCAGGAUUUUGCUCGCCUUACGCAACAUCUGUCCGAUAUUAGACUUUCAAUUCUACUUUGCUUUCACUUGCUUUGGCGUCUCUAUAUUCUGCAUGGAAAAAAGUGUGUUUUGCGCCACAACAAGAAUUCGACGGGCGAUGUGACACAGGUUAGUCUAACGUAGACAAUCCAUAAAAAAAAAUUCAGCACCAUCCCAAAAUAAGUAUAACCCCCCCCCUCAAAUCUAAGCCGACAUUCCCCAGAGCAACAACUACUGGCUUCAUUUCCUGCCCAAAAUGCACCGAAACACAGAGACGAAGUCGCACUUCCCCAUUCGCGUGUUGAAAAUCCGAGCUUCCGGAAAGCGCGUGAAGGCACCUCGGGGCCCUGUGACGUCAGCCGCUCCCCUGCGCUCCCUCCAGCAGCCAGUCAGAGAAGGGAUGCUCUGAACGCAAGACUGCAGCAUCUUCGCCGAGAGAUCGAGCAGGAAAAAACAAAACGUCUCUUUCUCUGCGUGUUCCUCCAGCUCCGUACCUCCGGACCCUCCUCGCCCACCCCGUCACCCCUGGGUGUCUUCAUGAUCGGACCCAGGACAGGAUAAGAAGAAAGAAAAUAAUAGCCUGCCAGUAACGCAUCGGAUUUUUUUGUUUUGUUUGGAGGCUGCUCUUAUUGCUUCGCCGAUCCUCUUUCCUUUCUUCCUUUCUCCUGCCUUCUUUGUCUUUCGGUUGUGAUUUUGUUUGGUUUUAUUUAUUGUUCCGUUUCGCUGCUGUUGCAGAGGAGCGCCACCAUCCUCCACUGCCUGACAUGAGUACGCUCUUUUAUCCGGUUGCAGCGGAAUGACACACAUAUCCUAGUCCGCAUAUCCGAAGGUUGAUGGAAGAUUGACGCCUCGUCUGCACGUUUUUAGUCGCCCAGAAGACACUCCGACUGCAGAGGUUUCGGAUUUUUCCCAGCCCACUGUGAGCCGAUCAUCCGCCGCCUUCUGUCCCUGCGCAGCAUCUCUCCGUACGCACGGCGCACCGCAGAGAAACGCGCUGCUAACCUCUCCGUGAGAAACAGGCGUAUUUUUCCAAUUCCUAAAUCUCCUUCGCCUUCUCCGAGGACUCGUCUGCACGGCGAAGCUGCGUAAAAAAAAAGAAAAAAGGAAAAAGGAAAAGGGGGGGAUUUAAACGCAAACGCAGCCCAAGCAUCCAACAGCAAGCUUGAAAAAUGAUGGCCGGCGGAGCAGUACAGCAAAACGGGAUUUUCUCAAAUCCUCACCAUCACAAUCAACAACCACACAUGGAGUCAGAUCCCCCGGACUCGCGUAAAAGACCCCUGGAGACUCCCACGGAGGCCAGCAGCACCAAACGCACAAACACGGGAGUGGCCUUCCUGCAGCCCCUUUUUGAAACUGAAGGAAUUGUAUUCCCUCACCAAGAAACUGAGACUCAUGAGGAAGGCGAGUACUUCCUGAAGGUUUUGAUUCCCAGCUAUGCGGCGGGUUCGAUCAUCGGGAAGGGAGGCCAGACCAUCGUCCAGCUGCAGAAAGAGACUGGAGCCACCAUCAAACUGUCCAAAUCCAAAGACUUCUACCCCGGGACGACAGAGCGUGUGUGUCUGAUCCAGGGGACGGUGGAGGCGCUGAACGGCGUCCAUGACUUCAUCGCUGAGAAGGUGAGGGAGAUGCCUCAGAGCACCCAGAAGUCAGAGCCGGUCAGCAUCCUGCAGCCACAGACCACCGUCAACCCAGACCGCAUCAAACAGGCCAAGCUAAUCGUCCCCAACAGCACGGCGGGGUUGAUCAUCGGUAAAGGUGGAGCUACAGUCAAGGCAGUGAUGGAGCAGUCUGGUGCGUGGGUCCAGCUAUCCCAGAAGCCAGAGGGCAUCAACCUGCAGGAGCGUGUGGUCACCAUCAGUGGGGAGCCCGAGCAGAACCGCAAAGCUGUGGAGAUCAUCGUCCAGAAGAUCCAGGAGGACCCGCAGAGCUCCUCCUGCCUCAAUAUCUCCUACUCCAACAUCACGGGGCCAGUUGCCAACUCCAACCCCACCGGCUCCCCGUACGCCAAUUCGACCGAGGUCAUGCCGUCCGCGGCAGCUGCUGCGGCGGCCACGGCCUCCUCUCUGCUCGGCCAGGCUGGCCUGGCAGGGGUGGGCGCCUUCCCGACCACCAUGUCCAGCCUCUCGGGCAACGACCUGCUGGCCAUCACCUCCGCCCUCAACACUCUGGCCAGCUACGGCUACAACACCAACUCCCUGGGCCUGGGCCUGAACCCCGCUGCAGCCUCAGGGGUGUUAGCCGCCGUAGCAGCCAACGCUAAUCCAGCAGCUGCCGCUGCAGCAAAUUUGUUAGCAUCCUACGCCAGCGAUGCAUCCACCAGUGCCGCUCACCCAGCAGCUGGUCUGGGAGGAUUCUCCUUGGGAUCCCUGGCCGCUGCCACCGGGGCCACCAACGGCUACCUAAGCGCAUCACCGCUGGUGGCAUCAUCUCUACUGGCCCAGGAGAAGCUGGUAGAAGGAGCAAAGGAAGUGGUGGAGAUCGCCGUGCCCGAAAACCUGGUGGGAGCCAUCUUGGGGAAAGGAGGGAAGACACUAGUGGAGUACCAGGAGCUGACUGGCGCCAGGAUCCAGAUCUCCAAGAAAGGCGAGUUCAUCCCGGGAACUCGGAACAGGAAGGUGACCAUCACGGGUUCCCAGGCCGCCACACAGGCUGCACAGUACCUGAUCAGCCAGCGAAUCACCUACGAGCAGGGGGUGCGUGCCACCAACCCACAGAAGGUGGGCUAAACCUGACAGCCAAUGAGAAACGAGGAGGAAAAGAGGAGAAAAAAAAGAGUGGGGGCUUGGGGGAGGAGUAUAACAAAGUGAGAGUGAGAAUGGAAAAAGGAGAGGAGAGCAAGAAUGUCAGAAGGAGUCGUCCGCGCCAUUUUCUUCUGCGUGUUUUCAGUAUUCUUUAUUAAAAAAAAAAAAUUUGACGCAAAGCAAAAAUGUGCUGAGAAGACGAGGCGGGAGAGGAGCGAGUUAUCACGCUGAAAAACCAAGAAAAAAAUGUGUAAAAUGUAAAUAAGGUUUUAUUACUUAACGUCUUGACCUUUCGGGAUUUUUUAUUGUUUUGUUUUAUUGUUUUGUUUCGUAAAUUAAGCUGUCUGUUUGUUCGUUUGUGUAUUUUGUGGACAAAGCUGAAUGCCAUGUAGACGGGCCGACUGCCUCAGACGCUACAGGAAAAGUGGGGGGAGGGAGGGAAGGGCAGGGGCACGGAGAGGGGGAGGGUUGGCGUUUACAGGGUACAACCCUCCCACCCCUCAAUCCAAAAUCUCUUGUGGAAACAACCCGUACCCUUCCCUCCCGCUGCAGCCCACACUCAUCACCCUCCCGUAGGGUUUUUGUUUUUCUUCUAAUUUUGACGUGUCCCUUGAGCCCCUCUCCCCGACUCCCCCCCAAAGCCCCUCUCACUACUUGCCCCCGUGCCCUGCCCCUCCUUCCAGCCCUUUUAUAGGGUUGGGGGUUUUUUUUGUUGUUUUUUUAAUGAACAAGACUGCAAACUUCAGCUGAUGUGUGAGAGAAGAAUCACCCUCGACUUGGCCCAACCCUGUUCAUUCUCUACCCUGCCUAUGAUCUCACCUCUCUCCUCCUGCCCCCCUUUUGUGGAACAUGAUGGAAGGGAGAGGUGAAACCAGAGAGGGGUGUGGGGGAGAAAAUCAGCUGGGUGUUUCUUCAUCUGCACACACCCCUGCACACCCUGUGAUGUGCACCGCAAGCAGUGCAGCGCCGCAAUGGUUGCUGCCGCACGUGGCAUCGUCCCCAUACGCGGGCUCUAGUGUUUGAGAUAGAAUGCUGAGGCGCACGCUGAUGACCUCACGCAGCGCGAAAAACUAGGAAGCGGCGAGAGCGAUACUGUGCGAGUCGCGGCAAACGCAGGGUCUUUGGCAAUUUUUUUGCAGUCUGCUGUGAUCAUUCUAUUAAUGAUACUGUCAAGAUUAUUACAAUAGGAAUCAUCACCAUAGUCAUUAUUUAUUAAUGAGUUCACCCAUAUGAAGCUCAGUUGUUUCAUUUUUAAAAAGAAAUCUGUGAAUUCAGGUUGACAUGAAUGUAAAUGAGACUAUUUUUGAUUUGAAUCUUUUGUUUUAAUUUAAAUGGAUUGAAGAUGAAUAGUAAUGUCACAUAGUGUAAUAUAUGUCUUAUUUAAGUCCAGUAAGAGAGCCGCCCCAGGCAUUGAGAUCAUUAUAGUGAAGGAUCAUUUUAUAUAUCCAGUAAAAGAGCAGAACAGGGAACACACACACCUACACACACAAACACACAAACAAAACACUAUGAUGCCAUAUUUGGUGCUAGAAAAGGGAAUUCACCAUAUCUAUGAUGCAGACUGCAGUGAGACCUCUAGAUUAACAAGAAAAUUUCAGUACACCACUCACCACAGGCUGCAGAGCAGCAUUUUAGCAGCUAUAUUAACCUUAAUUGCCUGAUUAUCAUGCUCGGCUAUUCUAGCUCAUGCUCUUAAAUAUCCCCACUGUGUUAAUUUCUGUAGUAAAAAAAAAAAAAGAAGCCAGUUACAGUUUGCCGACAAUGUCAAAAUUUGUAACUGAAAUGAAUAAUUGAGUUGACUAAUUCUCCCAUGAAUUGCUGCUGCGUAGCCUGGCCUGUGGUCUUCCAAACCCUUUAGACGAACCUGAACCACAGACUAGAUCAAGCAAGAGCACUUACAGACUCACAACGUACUACUGAGGAAUGCAAACACGGAGUAAGAGGGAACACUGAAACAAGACGAGGGAACGGCGUUGGCCUGGGGGUCCACUGCAAGACGCCCCUGUAGAUUCGCUAUUUGAAGGCAGCGUGGAUAUCGGUUCAGGAGAUGAGUAGCCUCGCGGAUCUUUGCCCUUAUCAAGCAACCGUCCGACUGCCGAUGAGGUAAAGGGCAGAGAGAGAUUUUUCAACAUGCGUCCAGUGAGUUGCGCUCGUUUCUGCCUCUGGCACACUGCAGGUCUCCCGUGGCAACAGGUUUUUCUGGCCACCGUAGACCCAGGAGGCUGCUGAAGAUGCUGUUGUUUCUUUUGUUGUUCAUUUUUGUUUGUGUUGGGGGUUUUUUUCUCCUGUUUUUUUGUUGUUGUUUUUUACAAUCGGAGUACACUGAAUUUUUGUCUUAAUGCACUGUGAAGCAAGGAGUAGUUCUCCCUGCCUAUGAGGUCAGGGAUGUGUGCUGUAGGUGGCAAUCGCGAUUGGAUGGUUUUUUGUAGGGCAGGGAAAAAAACAAACACACAUAUAUGAAAUAUAUGUAGAAUGCAUAUGAAGAACUUCACCAGAAAAUGCACGUCAUAUCUGAAUACUGAAGGAGGAGAAAGAGACUAGGUCGAUGAAGAGGAUCAAUCAAUUGAGGUCAAGAGUUGAGAUCAAUUACAUUCUACUUACCUGCGUUGUAAUCAGAGGGCGGGAUGUUGGGGGAGCGUUAGGUGUCCAGUAGCAGAUUGAAAAGACUGGAACAAAUUUCUAAAUUCACUUUUCUAUCGGAAGCUGUAUCUUUUUCAUAAACAGUAGAAAAUCGCAAUGCACUGCACAUCCCCUGGACUGAUACUUCAGUCCAACAGGAGUUGAAGUGCGACGACACGUUAAAUGCCAAAAACAAACAUGGAGGGGGGUGCAUUUGAUUCAUUGACCUAAACAGCCUGGUGAGGGGAGGGUAGGGGACAACCAAAACAAAAACCCAAGAGACUUUCUUGAUUCAACCAAUCCGACUCAAAGUCCUCCACUGUGCUAUCGAAUGUGUCUCUCUGUUGGAGCGCCAGUGAGGGUUUAUCUCCACAGCUUGGUAAGGAGGCUUCUUUACUCCCAUCUAACACCAUCCACACUCUCCUCACCCUCCCUCACACCCGUCUUCAGUCCUCCAGAGCACUCCCAUCCUGACACCCCCUCUCCUCCUACCGCAUCGCUCCAUGGGUGACUAUGUCUGGUGUUUAUGAUCAAUGCAUGUCUGCUGCUUGCCCCUGACAAACACCGCGGGUUGAGUCUCUCUCGUCUUUGCCUCCUCGGGCAGCUGGGGGCCUCGGAGGCGCCCUUGGUGCACCACCAUCAGAAAGCGCACACGCCUGCAGAGGAGGUCAUAGUUGAGGCCGGCGGGGCACAGUGCACAAACACUCCUAUCAGUGCGUUGGAUCCUAAUUUGAUGACACUCAAGUGAAACGACAAUAAUUUGCUGCACAGACAUCAAACACACACACACAUAUCGUGAGGGAAUAAUUUGUCAUCGAUGGGGUUUGGUUGUUUUUUUUGCUGGAUAUUUUGUCAGAGACCAUUAGGAGGUAGCGGGCUUUUCUUAUGCUGUGGAAAUGUACUGUGUUGUAUUCAAUUAAUGGGUCAGUUUAUAAUUUGGGUGCAUUUUAAGUCAGGUUCCUCAUUUAGGAAAUGGCAAAGAAUUGCUGAUUGCAGCUGUAAGGUGAAUAUGUUUGGGCUUUGGAACGUUCUGGAAACUUUUGACAUGCUUUGGUCAGUAUGUUUUCAUCAACUAGUUCAGGGAUUAAUCAACAAUUCUGUUAUAAAAAUAAAAAUAAAUGAUCUAAAGAUGAUUUUAGGAUAUUAAAAUAAUUAAAGCCUUAGUUGUGUCAUUUCACAGAGACAAGCCGCAAAGUUUCAUUGCUGACUUACUUUUGGAUGCAGCACAGUACAUUUACAACGGAGAAAACUGCAUUGCAGUUCCUGAUUUAGGCGCCAGGAAAUUUAACUGACACGGGACGGAUUUGUUUUUCAUCUCAUUCACUAAACCUUAGAAAGGUCUUUGUUCUCAGUUUGUCUUUUUACACAGCGGCCAAUCUCUUUAGGUAUCUUUAUGUCGGGUGAUGGAGAUAAAAAUGUGAUGAUUACUGGAAGCAAUACACGUAGUGGCAUGUCGUCUUGUCCUGUCCUUUAUCCUCUGUCCGCCGUAGGAGCUUUUGGAUUUACUUGUAGAUAUUGAAUAGGUUUACACGAGUAAGAGAAAAAAUAAUAAUUUGUGAAAUAUGCUGCUAUUUAAUAAUAACUGAUGUACUAAAAAUACAAGGUUAAAAACAUAUCGAAAUCUGUCCUUUAGCUGGAGAGGCUAGUCUCAAGUGGCAGCGUAAUACAACACUCUGUUAUAAACUUAUCGUAAGUUAAUAAUAGUCAUUCUAACCUUAAGUUAAAACUUGUGCCAAAAUAGGUCUUUGCGGAGUGGAACUGUAAAUGAGUUGAUUUAAACCACGUUAGAUAAGAGGAGACAUACUUUUGUAUUAAGAAAAUGUGAAGAGUGCCAAAUGAACCAUAUUUAUAAUUGACAUAGGAAGGGAGCCGUCCCAGUGACCGUUUUUAAGAACUAGGUAGACUGAAGGACGAAGCGCCUCAGUAUAGCAGUUUGUUAAAGCCCUCUCUGUUCCUGCCACAAGAGGAGGGAACCGACAUGUUAGCCACGCGUUAGCCAGUCCUCCGGGAACUACCCUCCCCAGAAUGCAACAGCACUACGACUCUGGGGCUAGACGAACCAAUAUAGUGAUAGAUUUGCAUAAUAGUGCUAAAAGAAAAAUGUGACUAGAUAGCAUUCUUAAAUACAGCCUUUUAUAGUUACGAUGAAAAUGUAUUUUGUGGAAAUAGAUGUUAUCUUUUUUGCACGUCUAUAUUGCAUGAUAUCAAAGUGAAACGUGGACAAAAAAAAGUGCGGGGGGGGGGGAAUUAAAGAAACACACACAAAAAAAAGAAGUGAAAUAAAAAUUAGGCAGUGUGUCGUUCAUUUUUCGGAGACAAACCCUUGCAUGCCGAUAAAGGUCGAGCAUUUUGAUAUUGUUUUACACGCGUUCAAAUGUCCGUCGUCUUUUCAACGUGUUCACGUCGAGUCCUGGUCCCCGGGCCACAAGAUGAUGAUGGUUUUUCCGACGUCACAGCGCAAUGCGGAUGUUGUCGUUCGUGCGUCUGACCUUCCUCGGCGGGGGGGGGGGGGAACGAACAAAACUCUCGAACAAACCUAAGACUAUUUUGCUACUUGCUGAGUGAGCUCGUACUAGAAACUUUCUCACUCGCUAUCCUCACUUUGGGGAAAGGGGGGGGGGGGGGGGGGGGGGGGGGGGGGGGGGACGAAAAGAGGAAAAAAAAUCAGGAUUGAAUUUUUGGAAAAAAAGAAAAGAAAAAAGACUGAGAUUGUCCAUGAAUGUACUCACCUCUGCAUACGUUUGCAUAUCACUCCUCUGACCAUUGACGUGCAGUAGAGGCUUUUGUGUGUUUUUGUACUCUAACAUUACUAACCCCUCAACGUGCUUUGUGGAGCUCUCAGUAUAACGCUGUUGUCUGUCCUUUUAACCCCCGCCCCCACCCCCACCCCCGCCCUCUGAGCUGUGGCCUGUCUUGUCACUGAUAUGCACCUUACUGACCUCAAAUACGACAUGGAGCAUCUCCCGGUGUAUUAACAACAGGCUUGGGAGAUUUUCACAACAGCCCCUCCCUCAUCUGCGACCCCCCCCCCCCGGACACGCACACAAGUGUGCGUUGUGGUUCGGGUCUCCCUUCGGAGGCCUCAAAUUUAGGACGGACUGUGUUGUCCCUCCCUUAGUAUGCAAUGCAAUGCUCUGACGUUGGGGAGGGAAGCCACACUGAACAUUGCCAGGGUGAUCUCAAAGAGUGAGUGAGUGUUGUUUUUUAAAAUCCUGAUCCCUCUCUCUUUCUCGAGCUGUUUUUCUUCCACUUCAGUUCAAUUUGGCGCUAUGCUGCAGAGUCCAAAACAAAUGUGAAAACAAACCGACUAAAAUGGCCAAAGUCCAGCCACCUCUCUCCCUCUCUCACCCUUUAUUAUAUAACCAGAAACGUGUGGUCAUGGUGUGUGUCCUGACACAUGUUGUCAUGGUUAAUGGCCCGCCUCCUACAAGACUCCAUGAAAAAAGAAAAGAAGGAAAUAAUUUCCAUUACUACUCUUAGGGACAUGUUUGCACUAAGCCCUCUGCUGUUACCGUGCAUGGCGGGCUGAGCUGAGGUGGGGGUCCGUGUGUGAGACUACUGUAGAUGUGUAGCCUUGUUGUAGGUGUGUAUUCAGCGGUGUAUUUCGAUGUGCAUGCUCCUCUCUCUCCCUCUCUCUGAGUCUGUCUGCUUCAGGCCAGUUCUGUGCUCGUGGUGUCUGUGUUGCAACGUGGCCGGCUAGUCAUGGUUGUUUCCUUUAUCUUUAUUCUGACGCGUCGAGGAAUGCAAACUGAACUCUGGCCUGCUAGCCAGGUGACCUCAUUGCUUCUCUGGGUGUGUGGCUCUUUGACAUUGUCCUCAGAUUGUCCGCCUCUCCCCGCCCGCCGCGGCCCCACCCACCUCCACAAACUCAAACCCACUCUCACCCACACCCAUCACUGACCCUCUCACCUCUUCAAACGCCCUCUCAGACAUAUUACGGGACCCUGCUUUUUCCACUUUUUCCACCCCCCCCCCCCUCCCCCCAAUCUCGGGCCCCAUCGAAGCACCAGCAACUGUAGACUGCAUUUGUCAUAUCACUGUUUUUCUGUUCCUUCUUCUCGUUCUGUUUUUUUUUUUUCUUCCUGGUUUUGAUUUGUACUGUAUGCUCUGUCUAACCUAGACCAGUUUUAACAAAAUGCCAUUUCUGUGUGUAGCCUGUUUACCCCCCCACCCCCUGCACACACACUCUUCCAUGGCCUCUUUUUUUGCACUUUCACUGCCCACUUCUCCUCUUCGCCCCACACAUACACACACUUUCCUCCUCCGCCUCCCGACAAGCCUCUUCUCUCGAGUGCCAAAAUAGAACAGUGAGGAAAACAAAACAAAAACAGAAAAAAAAAAAGACAACAACUACCAUUCCAAGCGUUUCUUUGAGUUGUUCUUGUGUGUCGGACAUCCAUCCUGGAAGCACCCAUGAAGCCAGCAUGCUCCGCCCUCAUAACAUGAUGUCGCUCAUGACGCCUCAACUGAACAGCACCUUGCCCCCCCACCACCACCACCACCACCUCCUCCUCCUCCUCCUCCUCCUCCUCACCACCCCCCACAGAAGGAUUAACCCCUCUGCAGGUUGGCUACCUACCUACUGUCCUGCCUCUCAACCUACCUAAAAAAAAAAAAAAAAAGCCCUACCGCUCAUGCCAGCUGCUUUCCUAAUUCUGUCAUCUCUUCAGCCGGUGGGACUUCAUUGAUUGUGUGCCAUAGUGUUGGGGGCACCUUUCACUCUCCUCACCUCCCCCUCUUUCUACCCCCCCCCCCCCCCCCCCCCCCCCCCCCCCCCCCCCCCCCUCACCUUUUCUCUCUCCUUACCCCCCCUCCUCUCUUGCUCUCGCUCCAUUUGAUUUUUCUCAAUGGGAAAGAUUCAAAAACUCCAUUUUCUAAUGAUGAUUUUUUUGUUGUUGUUUAACAUCCAAACCACGCACGCCGACACACGCACUGCCCCCCCCCCCCCCCCCCCCCCCCCCCUCCAUGCGGUGGUGUGGGGAGUGUUUACGCACCGUCAGCUGCGCAGCCAUCCUCUGUCUUCUUGAACUUUUUUGAACUUUCACACCCUCAUGAACUUUAUUGACCUUCUCUCUCCUCCAACCCCCCUUCUGUGUCCAUCCAACUGUUUGGAAGAUAACUCUCCAUUCCAUACCCAAAACCUCUCUGAGACUGUGCAAUGCUAGCUGAUAUACGAUUGGGGAUUUUUUUUUGUUUGUUUGUUUGUUGCUCAUCAUCGGGGACAAUUCUCUGAGAUGUAAAGGGGGAAAAAAAAGAACAAAAAAAACACGAAAGGAAGAGAAAAAAAACAUCCAAAAAAAAGAAAGAAAUGCAGACAAACAAAAAAAAAAAGAAAAAAAAACUCUAAACAACUGUUUCUCCACAAUUUCAUUUUUUUUCUCUCGCAUUGUAAAUAUUUUUGUCAGAUUUCUUGCUGAGCUGUAAAGAGAGAAAGUGUUGAGCAGUAAGGGGCUGGCAGCAUAAUGAGGAACUAGUGGACACCGUAGACGACCAUUACACUUUUCAUCCUCUCUAUCCAAUAGUUAGGUCUGCCUGUAUAAUCGGCUAUUCUAGUUCUACUGUGUUAACCUGUGCCGUCGUUAUUAGUGUUACUUUACCUACUGUAUUCGCUGUUUAGCUUCCAUGUCGGCCGGCAAACUCUUUAGAUAACUGUGCUCAUCAAAUGAAUAAUACUAACCCUUGAGAAGUAGUCCGAGCCAUUCUCAACGUAGGCUUGUUUCUGUGCAUUCGUUGGUGUUUUCCUGACAGUGAGUCGUAGUGGCGCUAGUAUCUUUUUUUCUUUUUAUCAUCGAGCCAUAGUUAUUGCAAACGCUUGGUCGUGUUAGAGACAUAUCAUCGUGGAAAGCGGCUCGACGUGGCUCCUCCAGGUUUGGAGAGAAGGAAAAAACACCCCAGGGAGGUGGACAGAGGAAACUAAGAGAAAAAUAAAUAGUGACUAAGCUCCUCCCGGGCUAAAAAAAAAAUGAGGAAGCUGAGCUGCUAACUUUUGUGCAAUACAGUCCUAGUUUACAUGAAAUAGAACGAUAGUUUAGGGAUGAUGAACCCCUGCAGGUGCCACUCAAACAUUCUGCUGCCUGCAGAAACCAAACCUGUGCAUAUCUCCAUAUAUCACCUCGACAUCAGAGACAUUUUGAAAGUAUUAACGCGAGAUUAGACUCCACCAUCUCAUCACAUUGCUCUGAGCUCCACUCUUGAUUUAUGCUGCCUGCCCCCAUUUGCCCCGAGAACACCACAUGAGCUAUUUAUUUCUCAGACUAUUAUUAUUAUUACACUAUUAAUAAAUAACAACGCAACGAGAAAAAGGGAACGACUGGAAAAAAGGUGAAUUAAUAUUAUUAUUGUUUUGUUUUUAUUUUUUUAGUAUUUUAGUGGUUGCUUUUAACAACAUUCAUUAACUGACUUAAAGAGUAUUCAAUAUUUAAUGUAAUUGUAGCAUUGUGUUUGUAAAGAGAAAAAAAAAACCUAGUGAGUUGUGUUUCUUGACUUGUGGAUUACCAGUGAAGUGGGCAAUCUAGUGCUAAUAUAUAUGAGGUCUUUUUUUAAGGAUUCUUAUUUUGCGACAGCAACAGCAGUCAUUAUAAAUGUUCAUUUUAGCAUCACCUGUCUUCCGUUGUCUUAUUCUUCACCUUCCACCACACUCUGCAUCAUCACAGUAACACAUCGCAAGUCUGGGGGUGGGCAAGAGUGUGUGCGCUUGUGUGACUCAGGGUGUGUGUGUGUGUGUGUGUGUGUGUGUGUAGUGAAUGUGGGUUUGUGUGAUAAACUGUUUCGGAAUUAUUGUGUCAUCAUGAAUAUACCGUGUGCGUGAGUGUAAAUUAACUUAAGCUGUGUGUUUGUGUGUGUCUAUGUAAAAUAUGGUUUGUGUGUGUGUGUCCCCAUGUCCAUGUCCCUGUCCACUCCCUUGUGUAUGAAUGCGUGUAUAUUUACGUGUGUGUGUGUGUGUGUGUGUGUGUGUGUGUGUGUGUGUGUGUGUAUGUGCGCGUGCUGGCUCUGUGAGAGCGGGGGGUUCGGGUGGGUGUUUUGUCCAGUGUCCACCAAAAGCUAAAACCUGUCAGGCUUCCAUACUUCCCAAUGGAACCUCCUGACGUUAUAGCUGCAAACCCUCAUCAUGUGAUCUGACUCAACUCGACUGUCCAUAACCCCCUUCAGUCACCUGACCAACCAAAUCAACCAAUCACUGUCCACCACUACCGCCUUCCCCUGCGCCAUCCUUUGCUGCACACCACGUCAGCCCCAUGUGAUGUUUCUCCAUCGAUAACAUACUACUGUCACAAUCUACUGUUACAUACCGACAGAUCUGGGGAUAAAUACACAUCUAGAAUGGACGUUCAAGUGUUCAAACUUGAGGUGCGCUUGGUUUGGUUUCAUUAUGGUCGUUUUCAAUCUUUGAUUGAUUAUAACAUGUUUGUUUUUUUAUAAAUGUAACAUGGCUCUCCUUAAGAUGCUUUAAAAAAAACAAGAACACUUCAAGUUUUUAGUAUUUCAAAUUUUUAAAUGGUCAGUUCACCCUGGAAUAAGUGUUUGUUUGUCCAGGUUUAGACGUAUCUGCCUCCAGCCCAAAACAGUGGAGGUGACUGGUCUUCAGUGUGUGGUGCUCACAGCAUGGAAAUCCUACAUCAAAAUGUCUGCACCAAUAUCUCUGUCCCUGUUGCUCUGGGUAAACCAGACUCCACUGCACUAGAAAUAAAAUCCCAUUUUUGUGGGAUGGUGAAAGUAAUCAAACAGAUGGCAUUUGCAUAACUUGACACCACAUGUUGGUACAAUUUGGAUGAACUGACCCUUUAACCGGCAUGAGGCGCACUUGUGUUCAUUAAUUCUCAGACCAGUUUGAAACCAUUUUAAAUCCAGAUAUUUUCCCCAGAGCUCCAUAUUACAUUCUACUGUUCAUACUACUGUACGUGCUGCAUACUACCUUACCAGGUCAGAAUCCACCUUAACCUGUCUCCAUGCCAACCACCGAGGAGCCAGUUGCGCUGCAACCGGCUUCCGCCACAACCAACCAACCAACCAACCAUCUUCCUCAGUUGCCGAGGCCACGCCCACCUGACUAUGAUCGUUCCAUAGAAGAAGAAAAUAGAGGAAGAGUGAGGAUAGGGAGAAGGGGUGACAGACGAAGGAGAUGUAGUCGUGAAUCUCAGGGUGUCUUAUAUAGAUCUACUGUUCAGUCUGUUCUCCAGUCUCUCGCUGGUGUCCUGUUGCCCCGAACUGAGCCCAAAGACGAUCAUGUCCUCGCACCAGAAAUUCCUUGUACAACUGAUUGACCACUGACCAAUUCCUCUCGAUCAGUUGAUUGAUAGUAUUGAUUGACCAAUUCUCUUGAGAGACGCUACACAGCCAGCCAGGUGAAGGAAGCUAGGCACUGUAACUAAUGUUUACAACCCAAAUGAGACCAACAACGCUGUUGAAAGAAUGUCUAGGACUUUAAAAGAAAAAAAGAGAGAGAGAGAGAGAGAGACAACUCUCUGAAGAGUACUCAUUUCUAAGUGAUGGAACUUUUCGCUUACUUUCUAUGUGACAUGAGGUAAUGUAAUUUUUUUCAAUCAUUGCAUGUGACUAUUUUGAUUUGCAAUGAAAUUGUUAGAAUGGAUGGUACAUUUGUGACGUCAGUGCAACGUUGAGACGCCGAUGUUGGAAAAUCAAUGUCGCUGUCUUAUAACAGUGUUUUCAUGUCGCCGUGAGGAGUGCUUAUGGACCAAUGAAUGCUAAAUGUGUGACCAUACAAAGCUGUAAAGGUUUUGUUUAUUUGUACAUGGUUAUGGGUAAAAUAAACCAUUGAAGCAAAGUAA